GUCCUUGUCCCUGACAGAGACAAGAUCACGCUUCAGUUUCAUCUCUUUUGUUCGCCUAAAAAUUAAGAAAAAGUGAAGUGAAAGGAGAAAAGUUGAAAGCAUAGAGAGAGCAAAAGAAAAGAAGAUGGAAAAAAUAGAGCACACAACGGUGAACACAAACGGAAUAAAAAUGCACAUAGCAUCAAUUGGUUCAGGGCCAGUAAUACUCUUCCUUCACGGGUUCCCUGAGCUAUGGUAUUCAUGGCGCCAUCAGCUUCUUUCUCUCUCAUCUCUCGGCUACCGCGCCAUCGCACCUGACCUACGUGGCUAUGGUGACACCGAUGCUCCGCCUUGUCCUUCUUCAUACUCCGCUCUUCAUAUCGUCGGUGACCUAGUCGGACUUCUCGAUGGUUUGGGUGUGGAUCGAGUUUUUUUGGUGGGACAUGAUUGGGGAGCUGCUAUGGCUUGGUAUUUUUGUUUGUUGAAACCUGAUCGUGUUAAAGCUUUGGUUAACAUGAGUGUUGUUUUUCGGCCUAGGAACCCUAUUAGAAAGCCUGUUCAAACUAUGAGGGCUUUGAUGGGUGAUGAUUAUUACAUUUGCAGGUUUCAGAAACCUGGGGAAGCUGAAGAAGAGUUUGCUCGUGCUGGCGCUAAUAGAAUAAUAAAAUCAUUUCUUACUCUGCGUGAUCCACGUGCACUCUGUGUGCCAAAGGAGAUAGGAUUUGGAGGUUCUCCUAACACUCCUAUUACUUUACCAUCAUGGCUGUCUGAAGAAGAUGUCAAUUACUAUGCUACCAAAUAUGAACAGAAAGGUUUCACCGGCGGGCUAAACUAUUAUCGCGCUCUCGACCUAACCUGGGAACUGAUGGCGCCAUGGACCGGAGAACAGAUCAAAGUACCGGUGAAAUUUAUUGUGGGAGACUUGGACCUUACAUAUAACACACCAGGAGUUAAGGAGUAUAUACAUAAUGGUGGCUUUAGGAGAGAAGUACCAUACUUGCAAGAAAUGGUUGUGAUGGAAGGAGUAGCUCACUUCAUAAAUCAGGAAAGACCGGAAGAGAUCAACGCACACAUAUACGACUUCAUCAAGAAAUUCUAAUCUGCAUCGUGUUUCACAUGUAAUGCCGAGUAAAAUUCAUUUAUAAUUCUCAUUUUGGAUUGAACUGUCCCACAGGCUUCAAGAGUACCAAGUUUGCAUAAUUUCUAGUUUCUAGUGCUAUGGCGCUAGUAUUUCUAGUCUUAACUUGGAUAUUUACUGUUAUAGACAAAAAUCGUACUUAACCUGAUAUUGAAUACCUCAAACAUUGUAACCUCUUUCAGGUUCAAUUAUUUAUCGACUCUUAAGCCUGAA